AUGGAUAUCGAUGCGUUUCCGACGCCGCCCUCGGCGUCCACGACUUCGAGAAAUAUACUUCACCAUCGACGAAACUCCUCCGGGGCCAUAUCGUCCUCACCGUCUUCACUGCCUCUGCAACGUCUUCCUCCUGAUCACGAUGACCAUGAAAGUGGUGUCGAAACAGCCGAGGACGACACUCUGUCACCUCUUGACCCCCGUCGGUUUACCCCAACCCUACACGCCAAUCUGGUCUCGGAAAUCCUUUCUUUAAGGAGGGAACUCGAGAGCAAGGGCAAGGAAAUCGACCAUUUGGAGUCGAGCUUGGACGAAUCGAGAAAUGAAAACGAAACUCUCGGCGAGAGCGUAUCAAGACAUGCCAAGGAGAACCGCUCUCUUAAAAAGCAGAUGAAGCUGCUGGAAGGCGGCACUCUCUCGGCUUUGGGUGAUAUUGCCAAAGAGCGUGAUGAAGCUGUUGAGAAUAUUGCCGAGAUCCGGAAAAGGUUGGACCAAUCCCAAAAGAAGGUCAAGAGCCAAGAAGAAGAAGCGGACAGAACCCAGAUGCUGUGGGAGCGAGACCGACAAAAUUGGGAUAACGAGAAAAGGACGUGGGAGAGAAAAGUGCAUGUGGCUGAGAAUAGGCUCAAGGCCGUUUUGAACGAAGUCGCAGCGGCGCAAGCAGCGAAUGAGUUCCGGGCAAACAACAACGAGGGAGGCGGAGAGAGAGAUGGAAACAUGGAUAGUCCUGGCAUUCGGCCAAGUAGCGCCUUCGACAAGCGGCGCGCCAGUACUACCAGUUACGGCAGCGACUACGACAACGAGCCAAUAAACAGUGGUCGCUUUUCUUCCAUGAGUCUGAUUAAUUCUGCUGGUUUGAAGGGCAAUGGCCUUAACCUGGCCGAUGAACUAGACUUUGAUGAGGAAGCUGAAGAAGAGUACAUGGGCAACGAAUUAUUGUUUGACGAACGACCAACCUCUGUUGCUUCACAGGUUUCGUAUACCAUGGCCUCAAAGGCACGGAAAAUCCUUGGGUUAUCGAAUGGGCACGCCAACCGCGCCAACAUGUGUACCGUGGAAACAUACCAACUGCCUGAGGUAGCCUUUGAACGCAUUGAGCCUGAACUGAAAUACGAAUACAAAGAUGCCGGCGUACAGUAUACCCCUCCUCCCUCGCCUCCUUUGCGCCCGAGUGGGUCUGAAGCUGUGCUCGAUAAGACCGAGGACAUAUAUCCCAUUGCUGCACCUCCUUCACCUCCGUCACCACCUCAAAUGAAGGAUGCAAGUGUAGGGACAUGGUCUACAGAAAUGAUAUCUACAUCUUGCCAAACCGUUGACUUGCCCAGCCCACCUGGAACUCCCAGAUCGGUUACUGAAAAAGGACCUGAACCAGCAAAAUCUGUGAUGAUGUCCGCGUCUACUCAGACUGAGACGGAGGAGAUUGAGGAUCAGGAGUUGAUUAUUAGAGAAGCGGGCGCAUUUGAUCCAGCAAAUCUUUCUGCUGUGCCAGUCAUCACUAUCAUUCCUCCAGGAUCCGAGCCUACCUCGCCAAGAAACAGUGUCGUUUUGCCGCCGCACACGAAAAGCAUUUCAUGCCAGACUGACGCUGCGUUGUCUCAUGACAUGCGCUCUGUUUCCAUGCAGACGGAAGAGAUUAGAAUCGACAAGCGCCCUAUCAAGCUUCCCGCAAGCCUCCUUCCUUCAGCAAUUAACGAUCAGCCAAUCACAAAAACCGAGAAAGAUGGCAGCUCGAUACCUUUCAUCUCCCCCCCUCCCCGCUCGCCAUAUCGAAAAGCUUCUCAGGCGAGCGUGGACAGCAUGGAACAAGAAGAGAAGAGCAAACAGCCAGAUCAUGCCCAGGGCCUUCCUGAUCGAAAAUCGUCCCAGACGAGCCUGGAUGCUACAGAAAAGAAAACCAUGGGCAAACGACCAGAUCUUGUCCAGGCAUAUCCAGGCAACAACGACAAUGGCCCACUGGCAGAAAACGACAACUUUGACAUACGACGACCGUUCCGCUCAAGCAGUCUGUUCGCAGGGUUUGACACAAUCAGCGACGAUGAACAACCGGACCCAGUACCCGACUUGCCUGACGUUUUCAGCGAGGAUGACUUGUUUAACCGUCCAACAGCUUCGUUCACUCUGCGUUCUGGUAGGAUGGUCAGCCGCCGUCCUUUGGAAGACGUCCCCCUGGAAGAAGAAGACGAGUUUGAUAUCGACCUACCUUCGACUCUACAGAAGAGAAGCAACUCCCAGAAGAAGAAAUCCAGACCUCCGCCGCAAAUAACAUCGGGAUCGAAACAAGCUGACAUACGGCGGGCAGCACUGAUUUCCAACGGCGCGGCUGCCCAUCAAAGAACUCGUCCGCGGAGUCCAAGUGAUCCUAGCAUCGACAGUGGCUCAACUGGCACAGCAGCUCGACCUCCGCCUUUCCCUGUUCCUAUCAGACACAGUUCAAGGAACGUCGCAGCUGGUUCUAGCGACGGCGCUCAAAGCCCGACACCUUAUAGCAGUGGGAACAACGCAUCUAUCCGAAAGGCAAGACGCAUCGCGAGACAGCCCACGCUGCGCAAAACUCGGUCCGCUGCCGCAGAUGUGCAGAAAGUCGAUCAGUAUGGCCGGGCUCGCAGUCGGUCCCCUCCUUCGAUCUCUACAGCGCCUGAUAGUCCUCGUUUCCCGGGCCCGUUGCCAAUAGAUGAGAUGCCUCGUGUGAGGCGGCCCCCAAGAAGGAUUCCAUCUAGUCGUCCCAGAUCAGCUUGGUCUCAUACACACACCGUGGAAGAGUCCCCCGAUCAUAUCCAGCCAACAAGCGUUGUAGAUGCCAUUGCCCAAACUAUGGUGGGUGAAUGGAUGUUCAAAUACGUUCGUCGACGGAAAUCUUUUGGCAUGUCAGACACCAAGGAGACAUGGGAGCUUGGUAAGAAUACCACCGAAGAAGUCUCGGCCAAUAUCAACAGCACUGGUGUCCGGCAUAAACGAUGGGUUUGGCUGGCGCCAUAUGAGCGUGCUGUGAUGUGGAGCAGCAAGCAACCCACGAGCGGCCCUGCUCUUUUGGGUAAAAGCGGGCGCAAACUCACCAUCCAGUCUGUGCUAGACGUCAAAGAUGACACGCCAUUCCCCAAAGGCUCAGCUCCGCCAACCCAAUUUAACCGGUCGAUUCUUAUUCUUACGCCUCAACGUGCUCUGAAAUUCACGGCAAUGACGGUUGAACGCCAUUAUGUAUGGCUGACAGCUCUAUCCUUCCUGAGCCAUUCUUCUCUGGGUGCAAACGAACUGAGUACAAUACCGCCCGUUCCCCAGGAAGAAUAUGGAGCGCCGCCUCCUCCAGCCUUGCGUCGCAACCAGAUACGUGAUUCGAUACGAGUCGCCAAGGGAAAACCUCGACCUCAGCCUAGCAAACGAACAUUCACUGGCAAUGUAAUGCCUACGCCUGAAUAUCCCAGUGCCGGAUUCGACCUAGAGCCGAUCAUGGAUGCAGCUGAUCCUCCCAGCGUGCCCCGAUACGGCACUCAUAAUCGCAAGCGCAGCAACACAGCACCCAGGGCUCCUCCACCACCAAAUGCGUUCCGCAGUUUCUCUAGUCACGCGACUCUUCCGUCAAAUUACAGUGUGAUGACGGCUAACUCAUCCGAUAUCUACGCGCCAUCAUCCAUUGGGGCUUCCGGGUUGACCAGUGGGCAAAGCAGCAUCAGCCGUCGGACUUCGGAAGCAAGUGGGCCGUCCAGCAUUGCCACAAACAACUUUUUCGAUGCUGUGGGCACGAUACGCAUGGAGGCUUUUAUUGAUCGCGUUGAAGCUACUUCUGCUCAGAGCCGCGGGCAGCGCAGUCGAGGUCGACGCAGGGGCGAGCCAACCCAUUACGAGCCGGACUUGAUGCGGUCCGAGGCUAGCAGUGAGGUCUUCUAUCGGAACGAUGAUCUAUUUCGCGGAUUCUAG